AUGGCUAGUGAGGACAGUGGCCAGGAGCCUCUCAAGAGAGAUGUUCGUAAUCACAUUCUAUUUGAGAUUGCCACCGAAGUGGCCAACCGGGUCGGGGGCAUCUACUCGGUUCUCAAGUCCAAAGCGCCCGUGACCACCGCAGAGUAUGGCGACCGCUAUACUCUGAUCGGUCCUCUCAAUCGUGCUUCAGCAGCCGUGGAGGUCGAGGAGUUGACGCCGUCGAACCCCCGUUUGAUUGAGACCAUCCAGUCUAUGAAGGAGCGGGGGAUCGAAAUCGUCUACGGUCGCUGGCUGAUCGAGGGUGCGCCGCGAGUGCUCCUCAUUGACACGGGGACUGGAUACAAAUAUCUGGACGAGUGGAAGGGAGAUUUGUGGAAUUCAGCUGGUAUCCCGUCGCCCCCUGCUGAUAGUGAGACGAAUGAGGCCAUUGUCUUCGGUUACUUGGUAGCAUGGUUCUUGGGUGAAUUCAUUGCGCAUGAGCGUCGCUAUGCGGUCGUUGCUCAUUUCCACGAAUGGCUGGCUGGUGUCGCCUUGCCACUCACUAAGAAAAGGCAUAUGGACUUGACGACAAUAUUCACCACCCACGCGACCUUGCUCGGUCGGUACCUGUGCGCUGGAUCGGUGGAUUUCUAUAACAACCUCCAGUACUUCGAUGUUGAUGCGGAAGCUGGAAAACGGGGGAUCUAUCACAGGUACUGCAUUGAGCGAGCUGCCGCUCAUACAGCAGAUGUCUUCACCACGGUCUCACAUAUCACAGCCUUUGAGAGCGAACAUCUUCUCAAAAGGAAGCCUGAUGGAGUGCUGCCCAAUGGGUUGAAUGUCAAGAAGUUCUCUGCUGUGCAUGAAUUUCAGAACCUACAUUCACAGUCCAAAGAAAAGAUCAAUGACUUUGUUCGUGGGCAUUUCUACGGUCACAACAACUUUGACUUGGAGAAUACCCUCUACGUUUUCACUUCUGGACGCUAUGAGUUCCGAAACAAAGGAGUUGACAUGUUCAUCGAGGGCUUAGCGCGUCUAAACCACCGCCUCAAAUCUGAGGGAUCUAAGAUGACUGUCGUCGCGUUUAUUAUUAUGCCCGCUCAGACGUCAUCACUUACAGUCGAGUCGCUCAAGGGCCAAGCGGUCGUGAAAUCCCUGAGGGAUACGAUUGAGAUGAUCGAGAAAAGUAUCGGAAGAAGAAUGUACGAGCGGUGCCUAGCAUGGAAGGAAGGCGACAACAUGCCGGACGAGAAGGAUUUGAUGGCUAGUCAGGAUCGCGUGCUUUUGCGUCGCAGACUCUUUGCUAUGAAACGACACUCCUUGCCUCCGAUUGUGACACACAAUAUGGUCAGCGACCACGAGGACCCGAUCCUGAAUCAGAUUCGUCGUGUUCAACUCUUCAACCAUGAGUCAGACCGGGUUAAAGUCGUCUUCCACCCGGAGUUCUUGAACUCAUCCAACCCCGUGCUCCCAUUAGACUACGAUGACUUUGUCCGUGGCACGCAUCUUGGGGUGUUCCCUUCAUACUAUGAGCCGUGGGGAUAUACGCCGGCUGAAUGCACCGUGAUGGGCGUUCCCAGCAUCACCACGAACCUCUCUGGAUUCGGUUGUUACAUGGAGGAGUUGAUCGAGAAUUCGUCCGAUUACGGGAUCUACAUCGUGGACCGUCGCAUGAAGGGCGUGGAUGACUCCGUCAACCAGCUGACGGAGUUCAUGUACAACUUCACGCAGAAGAGUCGGCGUCAACGGAUCAAUCAACGAAACCGGACGGAGCGUUUGAGUGACCUCUUGGACUGGAAACGAAUGGGCUUGGAGUAUGUCAAGGCUCGACAGUUGGCCCUACGAAGAGCCUAUCCUUCGUCUUUUGGGACGUCCGAGGAUGUAUACGACAUUAUCGGCGGCACGGAGCAGAAGAUAUCGCGGCCCUUGUCCGUUCCUGGCUCGCCACGGGAUCGGUCUGGGAUGAUGACUCCCGGGGAUUUUGCCUCAUUGCAGGAAGUGAAAGAAGGCUUGAGUACGGAGGACUAUGUUGCAUGGCGACUGCCUACUAGCGAGGAAGAAGAGCCUGAUGACCAUUACUUCCCGCUCACUCUGCGCACGAAGAAAAACACCGAUCGUCCGCCGUCGCCACUUGAUCAGCUGUCGGUGAAUGGGAAUGGAGACCUUUGA